AUGUGUUGUCACGAGGAGGUGAGACGGACUGGACCGGGCCGGGCCGAAGUGGAGGAAAGGCACGGCGAGCUCAGCGAAUGGGAGAGACUUUUAGCGAGAUUAGGCGAGCUGCUGGGAGUGACUCUGCGCAGCUUUGUCCGAACGCCGUCUGCAGCGCCGGCCCGCCACGAGGAGGAAGUUGGGAUCCCUCCAGAACCUAAACAGCCCGAGGCGGUGGAGCCGGACCCGGAGGAGGCUGCAGGGAGACCGGCCACGGCAAAGACCACUGCAGAGACCACGGUAGAGACCACGGUAGAGACCAUGGCAAAGACCAUGGCAGAGACCACGGUAGAGACCACGGUAGAGACCACGGCAAAGACCACGGCAGAGACCACGGCAAAGACCACGGCAGAGACCACUGCAAAGACCACGGCAAAGACCACGGCAGAGACCAAGGCAAACACCACGGCAGAUACCAUGGCAAAGACCACGGCAGAGACCACGGCAAAGACCACGGCAAAGACCACGGCAGAGACCACGGCAAAGACCACGGCAAAGACCACGGCAGAGACCACGGCAAACACCACGGCAGAUACCAUGGCAAAGACCACGGCAGAGACCACGGCAAACACCACGGCAGAGACCACGGCAAAGACCACGGCAGAGACCAAGGCAAACACCACGGCAGAUACCAUGGCAAAGACCACGGCAGAGACCACGGCAAAGACCACGGCAAAGACCACGGCAGAGACCACGGCAAAGACCACGGCAAAGACCACGGCAGAGACCACGGCAAACACCACGGCAGAUACCAUGGCAAAGACCACGGCAGAGACCACGGCAAACACCACGGCAGAGACCACGGCAAACACCACGGCAGAUACCAUGGCAAAGACCACGGCAGAGACCACGGCAAACACCACGGCAGAGACCACGGCAGAGACCACGGCAGAGACCACGGCAAAGACCACGGCAGAGACAACGGCAGAGACCACGGCAGAGACCACGGCAGAGACCACGGCAAACACCACGGCAGAUACCAGGCAAAGGCAAAGACCACGGCAGAGACCACGGCAGAGACCAGACCACGGCAAAGACCACGACAAAGACCACGGCAAAGACCACGGCAGAGACCACGGCAGAGACCACGGCAAAGACCACGGCAGAGACCACGGCAGAGACCACGGCAAAGACCACGACAAAGACCACGGCAAAGACCACGGCAGAGACCACGGCAGAGACCACGGCAAAGACCACGGCAGAGACCACGGCAGAGACCACGGCAGAGACCACGGCAGAGACCACGGCAAAGACCACGGCAGAGACCACGGCAAAGACCACGGCAGAGACCACGGCAGAGAGGAAGAGAGAGUACACGAGAGAGUACACGGGGGAUUGGAUCUGACCCACAGUGUCAAGAUCAAAGCAAAGCACCACUCAGCUGACAAGGAGGGGCACACUCCUGGAUAA